AUGGGAGAAUACGUUUGGGUGUCGCAUUAUUCGAAGCUGACUAAUGUCAUCCCGUUGCAAAUCUAUUCCGGAACAGAACCGUGCCAUCUUCUUGAAGUGGUUCGAGAAAAGCUGGAAAGAGAUGGCAUGCCCGAUGUGUUUUUGAACUUCUUGUUAACCUGCGGCCACACCUCCAUCAUCAGUUUGCAUUACCGGCUUCUUGUGAAAACCGUUGGUCACGUUCCAGCACUCCUUUUGUGUGGGCCCCGAAACACAGGGAAAAGCUUAAACGCCAACGUUUCGACAUCAUUUUGCGGAGCAAACGCUCAGCAAAUCUGCAUUUACAAAGAUAUGACGUUGACAAGGCUCCGGGAGCGUUACACCGAAGACCACUUCCCAAUAAUCGUUCAUGACGCUGAAGACGAAAGCCUCGUCGCAACCGCACUCAUGGAGUGCUACGAAGCGCGACCAGUGCUAAAACAUAACUCGAAUCAGACUCCUGGGACAACAAUUUGGUUCACCUGUAAUGAAAAAACCAUUUCCAUGCUUCGCAAAAACUUCGCAUCACUGAGCCGAGCAGUAGUGAUACCGAUGCUUGUGGAAUUCAAAAGUGCCACGCGCGAAGAAUUCCGCCAAAUUGCACACGGGAGAGAAACAGCUUCGCAGUUCUUUGAGGCCAUCUUAAACCUGACCAACCACGAUAUCGAAGAGCUCAUGCAGCGCAUGCAUGAGCUUCGAUAUCCAAUUAAAGCGGCAAUGCCGAUCCUGACGGACAGCCAUAAUCGUAUUGUCGACGGUUAUGCUAUGUUAGUGGCAGCAACAGAAAUGUUUGUGAAAAAAUGCGGAUGGGAUGUGUGGGCAACUAAAAUUGAAGGUUUCGUAAUGCAACAACUACUUCCUGUUGCGCAGUAUUACUAUGAAUACACUGCCGAAACCACAAUUGGGCCAUCGCUGGCUAUUUUGGAUAGGGCCUUGCAAGCUAGGAUUUGUGAAGUAAUACACAAAAUUCGGGGAGCAGCUCCUGAUGAGUUAAAGAAAUGCUUCGCGGUUACCAGCAGUCUGCCGUAUGUGGCCUUUAGGGAGCAAGACUUUACUCCACUGAUGAAUGUUCACGCGGAUAGCUGUGCAUUUGAUUUUUCGGAUUUGAAAAAAUUACCAGGCACCGUUAACUCUCAUCCCGUGGGAAUAUCUGGCAAAGUUCAACGCGCCAUUUGUGUCCUGAAAUCACAUUUUACGGACGAAGAGCUAGAAUUUUUAUCGGCAAGAACUAGUUCACUUCCGGGAGCAGUGAUGGCGAGCAUGGCACGACUGGGAAAAAAGGCUGUCCAAUCUCCGUUUAAAUCCGCUCAGGCAACCCGACUGCCGGCAACGUUUAUUCCGUCUCACACGUCAACCCAACUCGAAAAUCUUUAUGAAGGAACGCAAACGGAUAUUCAAUCCAGACAAGUAAUAUUACCAGAUGUAUCAGCAAUUGCUAGUGAUUCUGGUUCAACGCCUUCUGAACCACAGGAACCAGCAAUCCAAGAGGGUAUGGAAACACUCGACGACGAGAAAAGUCCGGACCGCAACGACGAAAUGGCUCCUCCACCUGGUUUAAGCGUGGGCUCCCGAUCGUUAUUCAGUCAGAGCGGGGAAACCAGCGAAAUGAAUGCUACAUUUAGGGUAUCUUCAGAGCCGGUUCUUUCACGGAUUCCAGCGGGAUCGAAAGAAGUUGACGGAUUAUUGGACGUGGCAGUUAGUUCAGACGGUAUGGCCCCGAAGCGACACAAACCGAAAAAGUCACCAUGUUGUCCGGAGUGCAAGGGAUUUGAGGAAGCCGGAAAACCUUUACCGGUUUACAAAUGCAAGCAGUGUCAACAAUCUUACCAUAUGAAGUGUCAGGUGACCCAUCCGGUUUUUUGGCCUGAGCGUACAAAAUGUCAGACUCGGCUGUGCAAUUCUUGCCGGAAAAUUCUUUAAAAUUACGUGUCACCUGCGAGUAGCAACAUGUUUGUUGACUACGGUCAUAUUUGCACUUGCCCAAUUCAAAAUGUUUUGGCAUCUUUUGGCAAACGCAAUUAACUUUUAUUUUAUCUGCGUAAAAUUUGUCUGCUGUGGAUUUUUUCUUCCUGCAUUUCAUUCGACUCAUGUUCGUUCAUACUGAUUGACAUGUUUUUAUUCACUGAUAUUCAUUGAUAUAUUAUUAACUUACAUAUUACUGGUUUUCU